GUCUGUGGCACGCGCACCUGGCUUUGAGAGGUCGCGAGCGCUUAUGAAUCAUAGAACAAUGUUUGCUAUGAUGCGCCUCAAUGCAGCAUUUCAUUAAAAAGGCUGCUAUAUGGUGUACGUAUGUUUGGUUAAAGGUUAAAUUUGCAAACGCUAAUUUUCAAAUGGUCAUAAAAUAGAAGUAAAUAUGGGCCCUGUGCUGUUCGGUGACUGAACAGAAACGCAGGAUGAGAAAAGCCUAAAUGUCUUGGCUCGUCGUCAUGUGGGCGGAAGUGUGUGACGUAAUGACAACACUGAGCAGAGGAGAGGGAGAGGCUCAGUGGAUGUGACACGCUUACAAAUAGACUGGAAAACAAGUCAGGGAGCGGCUGUAAACCAUGUUCAGGCAACAAGAACACAUUUAACCCGCUUAUUUUAGAUUUCACAUCGUCUUUGUUCCGCCCGUAGCCUCGCUCAGCUGAGAUCAUGGUGGAGCAGUCGGACCGAGCCCCGCUGCUGGACUGGGAGGAGAUCCCGCGUCCUGAUCCGCACAAGGCGGCUUCCCCACAACGAGACGCAGCAGUGGAGAAAAGUUCGCAGGCGCCAGUGCGUCCACACGGGCGCACUGCGGUGGACUCCGCCGUCACCUGCACUCCCAAGGGUGGGACUGUGGUUCGUAUCGUAGAACAAAACCCGGCCCGUCCUCUUCUUGAGCCCCGUGGACACCGCAGGGAGCAUCCGUGCUACCACACCAGAGAUCACAAACAUGCUCUUUUCCCUGUCCUGGCACUGAGAGACCAGUGGGAGGAAAAGGAUCAGAUUGUGGCCGUUUUUGUGGUUACCUUUGAUACAAGAUCAGGGAACAUGGUGGAGUGGUGUUUGCCUCAUGACAUCAAUUUGGACGGGGUUGAGUUCAAGUCUAUGGCCAGCGGCUCUCAUCGCAUCACUAAUGAUUUUAUAUAUUUCCGUAAAGGCUGUUAUUUUGGACUUGCCUGUUUUGCCAACAUGCCGGUGGAGAGCGAGCUGGAGAGGGGAGCCAGGAUGAAGUCUGUAGGAAUAUUGUCUCCUUCAUACACUCUGCUAUAUCGCUACAUGCACUUCCUUGAAAACCAAGUCAGACACCAGUUGAAGUGUCCAGGCCAAUACUCUCCAUUAGAGGCAUUCUAUGAGGACAAGAAAGCUGUCCUACCUCAAAAAGGAAAUGGCCUUGUUAAUGCCUGUCCAACCUGGAGUGUAACUAAUGUAAACCGCUGCAUGCACCCAGAAAUGAAGAUUACCCACCCAGCGGGCUGCAUGUCCCAGUUCAUCCAGUUUUUCGGAGAGCAUAUAAUGGUGCUGUGGAAGUUUGCUCUGCUAAGAAAACGUCUUCUCAUCUUUUCCCCUCCACCUGUAGGUGUGGUCUGCUACAGAGUGUACUGCCUUUGCUGCCUGGCUAACAUCUCAAUACCUGGAAUUGGAGUAUCUGUUCCAGAGUUACGGCCUUUCUUCUAUGUCAAUAUAGCUGACAUCCCUGCCCUGGAAACUGAACUGUCAUAUGUGGCUUGCACAACAGAAAAAAUAUUUGAGGAGAAAAAGGAGCUGUAUGAUGUUUACAUCGAUAACCAGAAUGUAAAAACACACCAUAGCCACCUUCAGCCACUGCUGCGGGUCAAUGCAGCUGAUAAAGAGAAGUACAGGAAACUCACAGAGCAAAGGCAAAUGCUACUGUACUCGCAGGAGAUUGAUGCUGACUCCACUUCAAAUGAAGAGGAUCUUUUUAUUCUGUUCUUCAUGGAACUGAAUAACCGCAUUUUUCAGACACUCUCAGAGGUGGCAGGCAGUGUUGACCCUACCCUCACCUCUGAGCAUGUGAGGGCCAUGGGGCUGGAUCCUCAAGGGGACCACUCAUUUCUGAUGGACCUACUGGAGGUCUAUGGCAUGGACAUAACACUUGUCAUAGACAAUCUGUGCUGCACAUGAGUCGUUCUAUCUGGAAAAAUAGCUUUGGGAGGCUACUGGAUACUCGUGCCUUUAAUGGCCAAUGCACCAAGACACUGAUGACACUGCCUCCUCCCAGGUCUUAUAUAUGUUGCCUAUUGGGUGGUCUAUUACCCUAUCUGUGUUUGAUCAGACUCAUGGACACUGUUUGUACAUGGUGAGUCAACAAUGGCUAAAGACAGGUGGACUGUCUUGGCCUUUCAUCUCAGUCAUGCAAUACAGUUAUUGACGGGAGUUGUUUUUUGUAUGCACUUCUAUGACUGACACCUGAAAAGCACUGGAAGCAAAUCUUUUUUUCCUCACUUGACUUCUCACAGACACAUGUUCAAAGAAUAAAAUAUUAUGUUGUGCUCCAGCAGCAGUGACCUACAGCCUUCAUAAAAUGCAAAUAUAGAUAAAUUUCUAACAAGAUAAUGCAAUACCAUAGGGGCAUUUUUAUGUUCCCCUCAUUAUUAUACUAUUUUAUCAGCAUUACAUAAUGGAAAUGCUUUCAUGCAUCACAACAUUUGCCUUGUUGAAAAGGUAUCAAUAGAAAUAGAGGAGAUAACCAACAAUCUAACUAAUCAACUAAAUUUUUAUUUUGCUGAAAUGGUUCUACCUUUUGUGAUGUUUAUUUGAUGUGGCCAGAUAAUGUUUCUUUAGAUGGGAGCAGACAGAUAUUUUAUUAUUUAAUGCACUUUCUUGGAAAGUGUAAUCUGAUUGUCUUAUGUGUGAGAUCACUGGAGAUGGCUACAUGUUUAAAUGUUCAUAGUUCGUGAAGACUUGUGGAUGUCUUUUACCUGUUCAAUGAAUGUGAAGUUAUAACUAACCUUUCACAAAUGCUGCACCAUGUCUGACACUGGACUGUUUCCUAUUAUACACCGUGUUUGUAUAUUUUUGGGUGAGGAUGUCAUUUAGCCAGCAAGUCUGUUCUAAAGUAGGUGAAAUAGGCAGG